GUGACACUUGUAGUGACAAAUAUUUAGCUAGAGGCUAUCAUCACCUCAGUAAUGCACAUUAGGGACCAUGAACCUUUAGAAACUAACAUCUUUUGAUAUUAUAAACAUAAUUAUAUAGAUAUAUAUUUGUAAGACUAAAAAUCUUAAUGGAUGAGACACAAAAACCAGUACAUGUUACUAUCACCUUCUGCAGGAAAAGGAGACACAAUGUGUCAUUUUUGAAAUCUUAUUUGUUGGAUAGUUAAUCAGCCGAGUGAAACGACGUUUUGAUAACUGCAGUAAAGAACAUGCACAACUUGUAAAUUGAUUGAAUUAAUUAGAAUAAUGGACUGGUUGCUUUAUAUUUAUGGCUGUAUCCAAGUUUUCUACUGUAUGGUAGAUGCUGGUAGGACUUCUAAAGUUGUAGUUAAAUCAGAUAUCGGACCAUUGCAAGGAAUUAAGGUUUUAUCAGGAAGUUCUGAAGUAGCUGUCUUUAGAGGAAUUCCGUAUGCUAAGCCUCCAACAGGAAGUCAAAGGUUUGAACCUCCUGAACCUGUGUUGCCAUGGAAAGAUGUAUUUAUUGCUUCUGGUUAUGGUUCUGUAUGUAUUCAGAGUUCUACAAUAGAUAACAAAACUUUCAUAGGAGACGAAGAUUGCUUGACACUUAAUAUUUUUAAGCCAAUGCUUUUCGUAAAGGAAAACCGGAAUAUUCCCGUAAUUGUUAUGAUUCAUUCGGGAAAUUUUAUUUCUGGGUCGGGCAAUUACAUAAAUGGUGUUGAACUUGCAAAAACACUUGAUGCAGUAAUUGUCACGAUAAACUAUCGCUUGGGAAUAUUCGGAUUUUAUUCAAUGAGAGGACAUAUUAAAGAAAAUUUAGGAAUUUUAGACCAAAUAGCUGCUUUACAAUGGAUAAAAAAUAACAUCAAAGAUUUCAGUGGGAAUCCGGAUAAUAUAUUACUUGUUGCAGACCAAAUCAUGGCAUCAGUACAUUUGAUGAGUCCUCGUAGUAGAUAUUUUUUCAACAGAGCUAUUUCGUAUGACGGAGAGUCGUAUCUAAAUCCCAUUGCUGGAUAUAAUUUUAAUUUCGAAAGCCAUCGUAAAAGACUAGAAAACCUUUGCGGAAGUAUUAAAUCAACCAAUAAUAUACCCGUUGAACACAUAGUUUGGGUAUGCUUGAGAAGUGCUGGAAGAGAAAAUCUGUAUAACUUAUCACAUGAAUUAACCGAACAUUUGUGGCACCCCUUUCGACCUGUAUACGACGGUGAUGUGAUAAGUAUUGACUCCCAUAUCGUUACAAGCUUCUUGCAUUGUGAUUAUUUAGCUUUUAAGUCAGAUUUGUUGAUUCCAAUGUUGACAAACAGAACUGAAAAUGACACAUCAUGUAAAGAAAUCUUCAAUAAUGUUGUUUCUCAUGUUUCAAAAGAGAGAUAUAGACAUAAUAAUCAUCUAUUAGAGAACGUAUUACAAUCAUACUAUUUUCCACAAUUUUCGAACCAUUUAUUUAACUUCUGUAAAGCAGUAAGAUCGUUACUUAACGACCUAAUGACGUCAGCUAUAAUAUCAUUGGCUAAUCAUCACAGUCGAACUGGAUUGACAUUUCUAAAUUUUGUGAAUUUCGAUGUUGACGAAACGUCUUUUUCUGAAAGUUCAAUGAGUAUGCAAACCACCAAUAUAGCUUGUAUAUUAACCAACCAAAACACAGCGUCGUGUCAACUUCCAGUAGCAAUUUCAGCUGGAAUAAAUCAAGUAGUACGAACUUUUUUGUAUCAUGGUUACCCAACAGUAAAUCCGACAGUCGUUUGGAGGCCUUAUACUACUACAAGCAAAAAUUAUUUACAAAUAACGGAUGAAAUGUUUUACACUGGAGCCAGUUCUGACUGGCCAGCUGAAAGAAUAGAACGCCUUUGGUUGAAGACAUUACCGGACGUAGAUGUUGCAACUUUAUUUUCAACGGAUCCUGAUGUCAAAGUCAUACAACAAUCGGUUGGAAUGUCUUGGGGAUUAACAGAGCAACAGCUUGAGGCUCUGAUUUUUAGCUUGGUUUUGUUAUGUUUGGUUCUUAUUUGUGUGACUUUGACAUUGUUUCGUAUUGUCUGUUUUGUAAAUGGGAAGACUUUUUACACGAAAAAGAAGACACAACCAAAGAAGGGUGUUGUUUUGACAGACACAAAAAAGAAACGAAACACAACCAGUUCCUUUGGUUGUAAAGUGUUUCAUACACAAGAAAGUAUUAGUUUGAAUAGACGGACGAGUGAGCAUGCUGACAUCGAUGCUUGAUACUAGUAAUUUGAACAAAAUAACUUUUUAAUCAUAUCAUGUAAUUGAAGGACCAUUUGAAGAAUAAUGCGUGUUUCCCUUGGUAUUUUACCCGACUAGUACGUUAAAGUUUGACUCGAUGAUCAUCAACACGCGUUAUCUACACGUAGUCCUGAACAUGAAUGUAAUAUUUGCCGACGGAUGUUAAACAUUCUAUCAAUCAUUAUUUUUCAGAUAAACCAUUCCUCUGUUCGUAGCAUAUUUUUCAUGUCCGAUAAAGUAAAAUCUUA